UCGAGAUGUUCGGGAAAUUAUAGCUGAAGUUCGGAGAUCUGUGCCUACCACACCGGGACAACAAGGUAUGCUUGCAUGGGGCUGCUGAUAGGAUUAUUAAUCAACGCCUAAAUGACUCAGUUUAUGGUUUGUUUUCUGACUAUUCCGUCUUAAAAAGUUCUUAAGUCCUUUUUUAAAUUUCAACUUAAAACAUAGAUACCCUGGUGUGUAAACAUCAUCAAUCUGUUAUAUUUCUCAGGCUACCAGGCACCUCUCAUUUGGACCGGAGGUCGUGGUCCCCCACAGUUCAAAAUAUCACAGGAGCAACUGUGUUUUUUGAGGACCUGUGGUUUCACUGGGAAACAGAUGGCACAGAUUCUGGGUGUCUCUGUUCGUACACUGAGCCGUCGUUUAAGGCAGUUCAACCUGAGGCGCGCUGGGACAUUUUCCACCUGCUCAGAUGCUGCCUUGGAUGACCUCAUCAGGGAGACAGUGGCUGGGAAUGACCGCAUCGUUCCAGAGUCUGUGAGGGCGCAGCUGCGUGCGCAGCAAAUUAAUGUUCAAAGGAGCAGAGUGCGUUCAAGCAUGCUGAGGGUGAACCCUGCAGCAGCUGCAGCAAGAACAAUGUCCCAGACACUGCAAAGAAGGGCAUAUAGAGUUGCUGGCCCAAACUCCUUGUGGCACAUCGAUGGCAACCACAAGUUGAUAAGGUGGAGGAUUGUUAUCCAUGGGGCCAUCGAUGGAUACAGCCGGUUGGUUGUGUUCCUCCGAGCCUCCGAUAACAACCGGAGCAGCACGGUGAUGGAGAGCUUCCUGAGUGCUGUGGCGAAGUAUGGCGUGCCUUCGAGGGUCAGGACUGACCACGGAGGUGAGAACAACUCGGUCUGCCUCAUGAUGAACUUGUUCAGAGGGUCAAAGAGAGGUAGUGCUCUCCGGGGGAGAAGCACCCACAACCAGCGCAUCGAACGGCUCUGGGGGGAUUUGUGGCGAGGAAUGUCCAACGUAUACUAUGAACUCUUCAACUUCCUGGAGAGCGAAGGUAUCGUGGACAUCGACAAUGAGAUGCACAUGGCGGCACUGCACUACGUGUACCUCCCGCCAUAG